ACAAUUCCCAGCAUGGCCCGGGGCGCGCUGCGUGUAUCAGAGCCGGAGUUGUGUGGCUGAUCCUCACUUGCAGCGUCUCAGUGCGAGUGAUUGGUCAGCGCUGCGGGAGAAGUCGGAGGAAUGGAGCACUUUCUGCAGGGCUGUCAGGCGGCUGUACAGAAUAAACCUGAAGCUCUGGACUUCCAUGUGGUUCUUGGAAAUGAAGCCUGUGAUCUGGAUUCUAUGGUCUCUGCUAUGGCUUUAGCCUACUACCUGACAAAGACCUCUUCUAGCAAGAACCUAGUGUAUAUCCCUGUACUGAACAUCCAACGGGAAGAUUUUCCAUUGCGCACGGAAAGCACAUACUUCCUGAAGCAGAAUGGGAUCCCCAAGGAGCACCUCACCUUCAGAGAUGAAAUUGAUCUACAGACUCUGUAUGAAUCUGGGCAUCUGGUGCUCACACUGGUGGAUCACAAUGUGUUACCCAGAGGAGACUCGUAUCUGGAAGACGUUGUGGCCGAGGUCAUAGAUCACCGUCACCUCGAGAGAACGCCCUCCCUCAACUGCAAAGUCACCUCCGAGCUGGUGGGCUCCUGCACUACGUUAGUGGCUGAAAAGAUUAUUCGUGGGGCCCCAGAAAUCUUAGACCUUCGGCUGGCCUCUUUGUUACGAGAUACCAUUGUUCUUGAUUGUAUCAAUAUGGCGCCUGCAGCUGGCAAAGUGACUCCCAAAGAUACAGAGUAUGUCACAUCGCUGGAGUCCAUGUUCCCCAGUCUUCCUCCAAGGGGCGCUGUGUUUGAUUCACUGCAGAAAGCCAAAUUUGAUGUAUCAGGUCUCACAAUAGAUCAGAUGCUCAGGAAGGACCUGAAGGUGCUGAUCAGUCGGGAUAUUAAUCUCGCCAUCAGUGCUCUGUAUAUGACGUUGGAGGACUUCAUGGAGAUGGAGAAUCUAGAAUCUGACCUGCGUUUAUUCUGCCAGAGGAAUCGCUACAAUGUUCUGGUCUCCAUGGCCAUUACCUUUACUAGCGACAAUGAACCCGUCAGGCAGAUUGCGGUGUACAGUCAGAGGGAGGAGCUUAGACGAGUGGUGUGCAAAGCGUUGGAGCAAGCUACCAGCCCACCUCUCGACCUGUCCUCCAUAUCCUGCUCUCCGUGCCACAAUACCACCACUUAUCGACAAGGCAAUACUGCCGCAUCCCGCAAAAAGGUCCUUCCGAUCCUAAAAGAUUUCCUGAGGAAGAGAGACCUGGAGGCACCGCUAUCCAUGCAGUCCUUGGAGAACCCUGAGAAAUCCAAUGACCACUCUGGAUUCAGGGAACGGACCACCGAUGAAAACUUGGACGGCGGGGAGUUGUUUGGAGAUUGUGGGGAACAGCCGGAAGGCCAAGAUGGCUGCGCUGGAGAUGAUGUGAGGAGCAAACGAUUUAUUGGAUCUUACAGGACACAAUUGGACGACGGCUUAGAGGAUGAGCGAUCCUUUCCCCCAACUCCUAUGAACAGUCUGGUGGAAGGCUGCCCCCUUGAUAGGGGCCUCCCCAAAUUCACGGCGGAAGCUAUUCUAGAAAGGUUCAGCCACAUAACUGGUGUAGAUGCCGAGAGCCAAUCAGGCAACGAAAAGAAAUGACCAGAUAAGCAUUUUUAUUCCAUUGCAUUAAUAAUGAUAAUAACAAUGAUAAUGAUUUCUUAAGUUUGCCAUUAAAUGAAGAGCAAUAAAAUUGUGUUGUAUACAGAAAAUCUAAUAAUAGGUAGGAAAUGCCAAAUUCUCCGUUGAUAAGGGACACCGUGAUUCUUGCUAAUGCAUUAGGUGUACAGUUUAUAUGUAAAUUCUUCUCGACUACAACUCCCAGCAUGCCCUGAUCUCCGUUGGAGCCGCUGGAAGGAUUGAAAGCAACGGUCCGCUUGUGCAUAUUCCAAGCACGGAAUGUUAUUAACCUUUCUUACACGUACUGUUUUGCCAAUUGUAUGACCUACCUCAUGUCUGUCUGUGGUCUCGACAAGCUCCGCCCACUUACCCCACCCCUUUAAUGUAUUACACGGUACCAGAUACAAGGGUACAAGGUAAGGCAUGCCUACAUAUAGAUGGAAAUGCUAAGGGGUUACGGACAGUGCUUGCAGAUUCUUCCUUGCCUUAACUCUCCAUUGUUAUUCUAUUUCCACAAUCCCUUCAUUAGUUAUUCUGCAGUGACUCUUAUGGCCAGCAGGUGGCAGUCAACACACAAGCAGAAAAAGUGUCAGCGAGUCCAGAAGAGGGUGGCAAAGAGUCCUGUAACUGGGCAGAGCCAAUAUAAAUCAGUUGUGUCACAGUAUUACUUAAUUAAGGGUGCGCCUGAAAACCAGCAGUGAUACCCAAUAUUCCUCCUCUAUAUUCCACACAAGAGGGAUUGCUUUAAUAAACAGGACAAAUACAACUUAUCAUCUAGUUUCCCUUUAUUCUACAGUGAGCAGUACUGGGGCCCCCUCAGAAAAAUCUAUUUAUGAUGUUAUUAUGGUGCAGAAAUGGUUAAUAGCCAGUGGGAGCUGAUUGUAACAAUGGCAGGAAAGAGGGUUUGGGAUCUGCGAGCCUUUCCUAUGGCAUUGUGUGUAUGUUGUGCCCCCGGUACCAGUAACACAGCUCUGGCCCCAUGUAUUGUAAAGGAAAAACACAUUUUCACAGUAUUUUACUUGCAGGGUCUAUAUAUAGUCGCACUGUAGUCUAAACAGACAGUUCAGUAUAUGGUAAAGGCACAAUAACACUUCCCCUUUGUGUUUGUCUAAUGAUAUUCCUGUUGCAGAGCUUUCCUAUCAGUUCAAAAGGCAUAUGGUGUUUAGAUUCUGCCUGCCUGUACUAAGCACAAUUCAGCAGGAACAGUCCCCUAAGUUUGCUCAUAGUCUGUAAAGGGAGAUCCCAUAAAACCAUGGCAGUAUAGGUAUUAUUCCCCUGUACUAAGCACAAUUCAGCAGGAACAGUCCCCUAAGUUUGCUCAUAGUCUAUACAGAGAGAUCCCAUAAAACCAUGGCAGUAUAGGUAUUCCCCUGUACUAAGCACAAUUCAGCAGGAACGCCCCCCUAAGUUUGCGCACACAUUUUAAGGGCAGUGUUGUGAAUUUUGUGCAUGUUUAUACCAACAACAGGCCUGUAUAUGCUACCUUGUAAUUGGUUGCUAUGGGAUACUGGACCUGGAGUACUUUUUGCAUGCUUUACAUUACUUCUUGCAGUAUGCCGCAUUAUUAUGCAAUGGGGAGGGGCACCUCUGUGUUCUGAUGUGGGAACUAUUUAACACCGCGAGUGCCGGGUAACAUGGGCAACGUCGCGCCUUGAUUUUCUACAGUUCUUUAAUGAAAUUUCGAUUCAACUUUUUUUUGUAACUCAAUCAGUUGAUGUUUAAUUAAACAUGGCUCCGCAUUGUUA